AUGUUGAACUCAAACUAUCCUGACUAUUAUACACUCGGAUAUCGAGAUGAACCCCAUUCCAGCACGAAUGAUGAUGAAUUGAUGAAUGUUCAAAACAAUGAAAAAGGUGUUCGAAAACUAGUAGCUGGGGUUGUCAAGGCAAAACGAGAGGAUGGAGAUAUCUGGCCAUCGUUACUGACUCGUCAACUCUGCGAGUUUUAUGAAAACCAAGAUCUGACUGGACGAUCUAAAUUUUUGCAUAUACUGGCCAAGGAUUUCUGUAUUGAUUUACAGGAAACGGCAUCUGCUGUACAGCAGUUUGAAGAAUCGCUAGAGUGGUUUGGCAUGGGAUUCCUUGAUUUGGAACGCAUUACUUGGCACACACCGGCAAGCAUACUUGAAAAGAUCAUUUCUUAUGAAGCUGUGCAUGCUAUUGGGUCGUGUGAUGGUCUUAAACAGCGACUUGGUCCUGGUCGUCUUUGCUACUGCUUCUUCCAUCGUGGUAUUCCACAGGAACCACUUACAUUUGUGCAGGUAGCACUUGUCAAUGAAGUAUCGACUCGGAUUCAAAAUAUACUGACAGAUCCACAUCCCGACACCAAGGAUCCCACAGUUGCCAUAUUUUAUUCUAUUACAUCAUCUCAACGUGGACUAGGAGGUGUGGAUGUUAAAAUGAUAUCUGAGGAUACUCGAUGGCUUGAUGAUCCAGACUUGUCACGUCACUAUCAACCCAUCAUUGAACGGCUGUGCUCUCAAUAUUUAAUUCUGGAAAGCAAGCGAUCGUUUGCGCUAGAUCCAGUUGGAAACUUUCAUCUUCGAAAUGGAGCAGCUAUUCAUCAAUUAAACUGGAGAGCAGACACUUUAGAUAAACAGUCAGUGCCAUGA